UGGACUCGUAGUUGAACUUCACUUUAAAAGAUGAUUUCACUGUUAAUAAGUUAUAUAAGUUUUGUUGGAAAACAGGUUUGAGGUUAUAUUGGGUUAACAUUAUAGCAGUCAUUGCGUUAACAUUGCAUUACUAGUGCUUUCAAAGCGCAGAAUCCAUACAUUGAUUGUUGACUUAAAUUGCAUUCAUUUGAAUGAAUGUAUCGCUGAUUAUAACAACAAUUGAUUUAUUGUCUUAAAACCAAUGUCUUCGUCAUUGUUUUGAUUCACUUUUUGUACUCUCAUUGCUUGAGAUUUGUGGCAAACAAUGAAUACAUUUAUACAUAAAUCAAACUCAAAGUCUAGUUUUGGUGCAAUUGUUGAACAAAGACUGGAAUCGUUGCCACAACUGUAUGAAUGCGUAAAUCAAAUGAAGACAAGUGAUGACCACUUUAUUGUCAAAUAUAUACCAAAUGGCGAUAAAUAUGCGUUAAGACGAACCAACUUAGAGAUGGUUAACAACAUUGAGUUUGUGGUCAAUGAAAUCAAGUCGACGUGUCUUUUAAAACACAAGAAUUUGCUGCCAAUUCUGUGUUCGUUUGUUAGGGAUUUCCAGUUGUGGACAAUCACUCCUUUAGCAGCCUAUGGAUCUGCCAGUGAUCUCUCAAAAACUAAAACAUUUUCAGAGUUGGCCAUUGCAUUCAUAGUAAGAGAUGUAUUAUCCGCUUUAGUUUAUUUACACAAACGCGGAAUAAUACACCGAUCGGUCCGCGGAUCUCAUAUUUUGGUGACAGCACCCGAUGGUCGAUGUCUUUUGUCGGGUUUAAAGCACUCAACCAGUUGUAUGAAUGACGGCAAAUGGCAAACAGCAAUACAUGAAUACCCGACAAAUGCCAAACCAAAUCUCAUUUGGUUGGCUCCAGAAAUACUCGAACAAAACCUUUUAGGCUAUAAUGCAAAGUCUGAUAUCUAUAGUUUGGGAAUAACUAUCUGUGAAUUGGCAAACACUUGUAUCCCUUUCCAAGACGUCGAGUUAACUGAAAUGCUUUUGGAUAAACUGACCGCACAUUACCCGCGACCACUAGACUCUACUUGUGAUGAGAUUCGUGAUCUUGAAAUUGAUGAAAUGAGUGAAGAGAUUAGACACAAAUACGAGAUUUACAAAAACAGAACAUUUAGUCCAUCCUUUCAUAAGUUUACUAUUGAUUGCUGUUUAAACUUUGAUCCGUCGCUCAGACCGACUGCUUCUCAACUCUUGGACCACAGUUUUGUUAAACAAAUUAAGAAGUCUUCGCAUAAUAACUUGUUAUCAUUACUUCCUAACGUUCAACCGGUAAAUAGUAUCCAAAAUAAUGUCAACGGAGAUAGUAUUUCAUCGGAAGACAGCGUAAAUAAAGUCAGUUCUUGUGAUGAGUCAAUCAAUGAUUGGAUAUUUUCUUAAAUUUUUAAAUUAAUUUUGUCUGCAUUUUAGUCUUGAUUUGUAGUAAUUGUUAAUAAAAAUUAAAAUAUUUUAUACUAUAAA